GAAAUGCCUCUCUUCGCAAAGCAUUGUGGGUACCGAGGCACAAACCCUCCCCUAUACCGAGGCGGAAGCGGCUGCGUUGGACCGGAAGCCGCCCCGGGGCAUUGUGGGGCGGCGAUGGCGGCGAUGAGGGCGGUGUAUUUGCUGCGCUCCGCCGCCCCUCAGGGCCGGUGCCGGGGCCGAACCUACGUGGGCUUCACGGUGGAUCCGCGGCGGCGGCUGCGGCAGCACAACGGCGGCAGGAGGAGGGGGGGAGCCCGCAGGACCAGCGGGAGAGGGCCCUGGGAAAUGGAACUUUUCGUCCACGGCUUCCCCUCCGACGUCGCCGCCCUCAGGUUCGAGUGGGCGUGGCAACACCCAAACUCCUCCCGCUGCCUCUUGGCCCCGCCCCCUCGCCGCCCCCGGGAGCAGCCAAUCAGCUUCGCCCUCCGCCUCUUGCCCCGCCUCCUCCGGGCCCCGCCCUGGUCCCGCCUCCCGUUAAAAAUCCGCUGGCUCCGCCCACCGCGCCCCGCCCUGGAGUUGGCCCCGCCCCCUCACGUGGUGGAGGAGGAGGGGGCGGGGCUGCCGCGCCUUAAAAGGAAAAAGGGGCGGAGUCAAGAGGUGGAGGUGGAGGAUUGUGGGUGUGGCCUGUGUGGGGAGGCACAGGCCACGCCCCUUUUGUGCUGUCCCCGCCCCCAGUGCAAGAUGGCCGCCCAUCCCGCCUGCCUGGCCCGGCUCUUCCUGGCCCCGGAGCCCCGGCAGCUGCUGCCAGUAGGGGGCGCCUGUCCCAGAUGCCACACCCAUCUCCUGUGGGGAGAUCUGAUUCGUCGCUGCCUGGGAGAGGCGGAUCCUGAAGAGGAAUGGGUGGAGCCUGAUGACAUCAUCACAAGCUCCGCCCCCACAUGAAGCCACACCCACCACGAGUUUUUUUAGCAUUUUAAAUUUAUUUAUUUGUAAUUAAAUCAUUUUUUAAAUAACAAAAUUAAUUUGUUAAUUAUUACUUAAAGUAACGUGGCUUUGUUGGGCCACACCCAUGUGACAUCAUUUCCUUUUGCCCCGCCCCCUUUUGGCCGCCAUUUUGAGAGCUCAAAUUCCCCAUUUUUGACCAGUUUUUCACCAUUUUUUC